CGCUACGACCCUAACGGCAACCUUGUCUACGUGGGCCGCAAGGACAGCCAGGUUAAGGUGCGCGGGCAGCGGGUGGAGUUAGGCGAGGUGGAGCACCACGUGCGAGAGUGCAUGCCCGAGGCUGAGCAGAUAGCCGUCGAAGUGAUCUUGCCAGAGGGAGACAAGAAUAACGCAAUGCUUGCAGUCUUCUUGCAAUUGGACAACGACUUUGGCAAUACUCCUCCAACACCUCCAACAGAUGAGAAGACUAAAGCUAGCUCACUGGCGCGAGUGAUCUUCCCAGUCGAUGCAGACAACAAGCUGGCCAAGCGGCUUCCGGGCUACAUGGUGCCAGCUGUGUACUUUGUCGUUGCAAAGCUGCCGAUGACAGUGUCUGGCAAGACGGACAGGAAGCGGCUGCGCGAGAUCGGUGCCUCGUUCUCCGCCCAGCAGCUGGCCGAGCUGCGCACGCUGAGCCAGGGCGUGAAGCGAGCGCCGACUACAGAAGCAGAGCAAACGAUGCAACAGCUGUGGGCGCGGGUGCUGAACAUUAAGGCAGACAGCAUCGGCCUGGAAGACAGCUUCUUCAGCCUAGGCGGUGACUCGAUCGCGGCGAUGAAGCUGGUGGGCGAGGCGCGCAGGCACGGCGUGCAGCUGACCGUCGCCGACCUCUUCCGCCAUCCCCGUCUGGACCAAUGUGCCUCUGUGGCCAUCUCACCAACUCACGAUUCGCCCAUCGCCAUCCCUUGCGCCGAUCACGAAGGACCUGUCGAGCAAUCGUUUGCGCAGGGGCGACUGUGGUUCCUAGAACAAUUGUACCCUGGCCUGACCUGGUACCUCAUACCCUUCGCAGUACGCAUCAAAGGCCCACUCCAGCUUGGAGCUCUCAAGUCUGCGCUUCUCGCAGUCGAGUACCGCCACGAGACGCUUCGCACUACCUUUGCUACUGUGGAAGGAAAGAGUGUGCAGGAUGUCAAGCCUUUCAAAUCAAAAGAGGUGAAUGUCAUCGACGUUAUCCAAGGCGGCAAGCAGGGCAUCGUGAACACUGUACAGCAAGACCAGACAGCCCCCUUUGACCUGGCUACGGAGCCUGGAUGGAGAGUGUCGAUCUACAGGGUCGACCAACACGACCAUGUGCUCUCUAUUGUCAUGCACCAUAUCAUCUCUGACGGCUGGUCUGUUGACGUGCUUACGCGUGAGCUGGGUGCAUGCUACUCUGCCGCAAUCCGCGGCCAGGACCCGCUGUCACAGGUGCAGCCUCUGCCGAUACAGUAUCGCGACUUUUCUGUGUGGCAAAGACAGCAAGCCCAGGUCGAUGAGCACGACAGACAGCUCGAGUACUGCAUCGCGCAGCUGCAAACAAGCAGGCCGGCCGAGCUGCCCUGCGACAAGCCGCGACCUGCUGCCUUGUCGGGCCAUGCUGAUGUGCGGACAUUGGAGUUGGAUGGCUCGUUGUUCGUCAGGCUGCAAGAGUUCUGCAAGGCACGCGGGGUGACGCUGUUUGUGGUCCUGCUCGCUGCCUUCCGAGCUACGCACUUCCGUCUCACUGGGCAGGAAGAUGCAACCAUCGGAACAGCGAACGCUAAUCGAGAUCGAUCGGAACUGAGAGAUAUGAUCGGCUUCUUUGUCAACAUGCAAUGCCUGCGGAUCACAGUUGGAGAUGAGACAUUCGAAGAGCUGGUCCAGCAGGUGCAAGGGGUAGCAGUGGCGUCGCUAGCCAGCCAGGAUGUCCCCUUCGAGAGGAUCGUGUCGAAGCUCAAGAAAGACAGAGAUCUGUCUCGCCACCCGCUGGCGCAGCUCAUCUUCGCUGUGCACUCGCAGCGAGACCUGGGCAAGCUAAUGCUGGAGGGUGUGGAGACCGAAAACAUGGGCGACACAGCGACGUCGAGAUUUGACCUGGAGUUCCACUUCUUCCAACAUUUGAACGGGCUACGAGGCGAAGUCAUAUUCUCAACCGACCUGUAUGCUUCAGAGACGAUCGAGAAUAUGCUGUCACUUUUCCGACACAUCCUUGACGCCUGUCUCAAGGAGCCAAAGGUGGUGAUCGCGUCCAUGUCGUUGCUGACCGAAGCCGACUACGCUCGGCUCGACGGGAUGGGGCUUGUUCGGGUUGAACAGACCGCAUACCCACGUGACUCGAACAUCGUUGACCUCUUUCGCCGGCAAGCCUCUGCGCAUCCGUCCCGGAUCGCCGUCAGAGAUAUGUCAGCAGAGAUGAGCUACGCCCAGCUAGACGCAGCGUCUGACAUUCUGGCUGGGUGGUUAGCCAAACUGUCGUUUGCUCCCGAGACGCUCGUUGGCGUGUUUGCAGCCCGAAGCUGCCAGGCGAUCGUUGCGUUUCUGGGCAUUCUCAAGGCCAACCUGGCCUACCUACCGUUCGAUGUGAAGAUACCAGCGGGGCGGAUGGAAGCCGUCUUGUCCUCUCUUCCGAGUGGUCAGAGAAUAAUAAUACUCGUCGGUGCUGACGUCCAGCCUCCCGACAUCAAGCUGAACACCAUCGAAUUUGUCCGCAUUGUAGAGGCCUUAGACGAGCAGGCAAGCGAGGUGUUCGCUCCUCAAGAACCUGCAGCGGCUGCUGCCGGGCCUUUAGCGACGAGUCUCGCAUACGUCAUGUUCACGUCCGGGUCGACGGGCCAGCCGAAGGGAGUCAUGGUAGAGCACCGCGGCAUCGUGCGCUUGAUUCGAGACAACAACCUUAUGCAGCACCUGCCUGUCCUACCGGAGACGCGAGUCAUGGCGCACGUAACGACUCUCGCUUUUGACGUCUCCACAUGGGAGAUAUACGGCUGUCUGCUGAACGGCGGGACGCUGGUUUGCGUCGACGCCAUGACCGUCCUCGAUCCAGUGGCUGUGUCUCGGAUCUUUCAUCGAACGAACAUCAACAUGGCUGUACUUACGCCAGCGCUUUUCCGACAGUAUGCACAAGAGGCGCCUGGAGUGCUGACGAAUCUUGAGAUGCUUUGCUUGGGAGGAGAAGCACUGCACCCGCGCGAUGCUUAUGAAGCGCUGCAGCUCCUUCCGGGCAAGGCAGUCAAUUGCUACGGUCCUACUGAGAAUACCGGAGUCAGCACAAUCUUUGUCCUCACCGAGGAAGAGCACUGCGUUAACGGUGUCCCCAUUGGCCGCGCACUCAGCAACUCCGGCGCCCACGUCAUGGACCCGAAUCUUCGACUCGUUCCUCUCGGCGUGAUCGGAGAGCUCGUGGUCACAGGCGACGGUCUGGCGCGGGGUUACACUGAUCCCGAGAGGAAUAUCGACCGCUUCGUAUCGGUCACAAUUGCUGGUCAGACAGUCAAGGCCUACCGGACAGGCGAUUACGCCCGCCAUCGGCUUACGGAUGGCCAGCUGGAGUACUUUGGCCGGAUGGAUGGACAGGUCAAGAUCCGGGGGCAGCGCAUCGAGCUGGGCGAGAUCGAGCACGUCCUCCGCAGCCACAAGCGCGUCAGCGACGCAGUGGCUGUGCUACAACAAAGCGACGGCGAUGGGGUCCGGCUCGCUGGCUUCGUCAUAGUCGACGAAGGCGCUGCAAUGGUCAACGAGCAGGUUGAUGACGGAGAUAGUAAUGGAGGCGAUGAGGAUGAAUCGCAGCAUGUGGGAGCUUGGGAACAGCAAUUUGACGAUGACAUCUACUCACCUAUCAACAACAUCCAGUCCGAACGCAUCGGGCGAGACUUCGCCGGGUGGACGUCCAUGUACGACGGCAGUGAGAUAGACGAGAUGGAGAUGAACGAGUGGCUAGACGAUACGAUAUAUACGAUGCUCAACGGCAGCAAGCCCGGCAGCGUGCUCGAGAUCGGAUCGGGGACCGGCAUGGUCCUCUUCAACUUGGGCGACGGCCUGCAAAGCUACGUCGGAGUCGACCCGUCCAGAAAGGCAAUCGAGUUUGUCGCGAAGACAGCAAAGUCCAUCUCGGCGUUAGCGAGCAAAGUCCGCUUGCACAAGGCCACAGCGAUGGACAUUGGUCGGUUGGAGCCGUCAGUCACAGCAAAUCUUGCCAGCCUGAACUCGGUCGUUCAGUACUUUCCUAGCCAAGAGUACCUGUUCAAGGUCGUCCAAGAGCUACUCCAGAUCACGGGCAUCCAGACCAUCUUCUUUGGCGACGUUCGAUCUUAUGCGCUGCAUCGAGAAUUUCUGGCAGCUCGGGCGCUGCGCAUGGCUGGCGACAAGGCGAUCAUGGCAGACAUUCGACGCAUAAUGACCGACAUGGAGCGAAUGGAAGCAGAGUUGCUCGUCGACCCAGCAUUCUUCACUGCCCUACCAGGCCGCCUCCCGGAGCUCGUGGAGCAUGUCGAGAUACUGCCGAAGAGGAUGAAGGCGACGAACGAGCUGAGCUGCUAUCGCUACGCUGCGGUUGUUCACGUUAGGUCUCGAUCUGGGCCAAAGCGGGAGAUUCAAAUCGUGAAAGAAGACGAAUGGAUCAAUUUCUCAGAGCGCAAGCUAGACCGCCAAUCUCUUCAGCAACAGCUAAGAAGUCUUUCUGGCUUGUCUACAGCAGCUAUAAGCAAUAUUCCUUACAGCAAGACCAUUGUCAGUCGGUGCCUUGUCGAGGCGCUUGACGAUAUGGGCGCAGACACACGCGAUGCCCCAGGCUGGCUAUCAUCAGUCUAUCAGCAAGCGCAGCACAAGCCAUCCCUGUCCGCCACUGACCUGGUCGAGCUGGCACAGGAAUCAGGCUGUCUUGUCGAGAUCAGUUGGAACAGGCAGCACUCACAGCGUGGUGGUCUCGACGCCAUCUUUCAUCGGUCUCCGCCAAGGAACGGUGAAAACAGGAGAUUGUUCCGCUUCCCUACCGAGCAUACAGAUCGGCCACCGCACACUCUCAGCAGCAAACCGUUGCGGCAGCGGAUGCUGAAGAAAACCCAACAGCAGCUGCUGGCGAUGCUACAAGCCCAGCUGCCGGCAUAUAUGGUUCCUCAGGCGAUCACGGUGCUGGACGCGAUGCCAGUAACACAGAAUGGUAAGGUGGACCGCAAGGCUCUGGAGCAGCGGCUACAAACAGAACACAGCGGCAAAGCACCAGUGCAGCAGUCUCUUUCGGAUGGGGAGCUGCGGAUGCAGAAGCUGUGGGCGGGGGUGCUGGGCGUCGCGGCAGACAGCAUUGGGCUGGACGACAGCUUCUUCCGUCUGGGCGGCGACUCGAUCGCGGCGAUGAAGCUGGUGGGCGAAGCUCGUAAGGUAGGACUGCAGCUGUCCGUUGCAGACCUCUUCCGCUGCCCCAAGCUCGCGGCGCUGGCCGGCUUGGGCGUCAACAGCCGC